GUUAAUAUCACGUGCGACUUCCGGCUCUUGGUAAACAUCACAAGUUUCACUUUGACAGACAGUCAUUAUUAGGCCCAGUGAUUAUGAUCAUGUCGAAUCUAAAAGGCAUCUUGUUUAUCAUCUUAUUCCAUGAUAUUUCUGCAUUGCCAGGAAACAGCUUCUUAAAAAUUCGAGAACUUGUCGAAAGUCAGAGAGAUGAGGAUGCAGUAUUUGAACAACAGAAAUUAUAUGGCAGCUCUCAGAUUGUGGAAGAAGUUCAAUUGCCUCAACCUAUAGACCAUUUUGAUGCACUUAAUUCAGAAAUGUACAAUCAGAAGGUAUACAUCAAUACAGAGAACUGGAUUAAACCUAGUGGUCCUAUUUUCUUAUUCAUAGGAGGAGAGGGGGCUCUCCCCAAUAGAUCUGCUUAUUCCGGUCACCAUGUUGAAAUGGCUAAGCGGUUUGGUGCGAUGGUAGUAGCCGCCGAGCAUCGAUUCUAUGGUAGCAGCAUCAAUGACAAUGGCUUACAUCUAGAUCAGUUGGAACAUCUGUCCAGUCAACAAGGAUUGGCUGAUUUGACAAGAGUCCACAAGUACAUCACAGACAGGUAUGAACUGACCAGCAACAAGUGGAUUUCUUUUGGUGGAAGUUAUCCAGGGGCUUUAUCUGCAUGGUUUCGCUUAAAGUACCCUCACCUUGUAUAUGGAGCAGUUGCAUCAUCAGCCCCCGUACAGGCACAGACCAACUUUGAAGGUUAUAAUGAGGUGGUAGCUCAAAGUUUAACUGACUCCACAGUUGGCGGGAGUCAACAGUGCAUCAAACAAAUUGUGGAGGCCUUCCAGAGAAUCGACAGCAUGAUCCAAGCCAAUCAGACCGUACAGCUGGAGAAGGACUUCCUUUCCUGUGGACCCUUGAGUGAGAAAAAUGACCAAAUGGUUUUUGUCAACAACUUAGCUGGAAUUUUUAUGGGAGUAGUGCAAUAUAAUAACGAGGUUCCUGGACUCAACAUUCAGUCCCUGUGUAAACAGAUGACAAAGUCAGACGAUUCAUAUAAAAACCUGCAGAUGGUUUAUAAGAUGGCGAUGAAUCUAUUCAAUCAGAGUUGUGUGGACAACUCUUAUUCCAAAUUCCUGUCCCAGUUCAACAACCAGACGGUGGACCGGGCGGCCAGUGGGGUUGGAAUCAGACAAUGGACCUGGCAGACCUGCUCACAGUUUGGUUAUUAUCAGACUUGUGAUGAAGGCACCAGCUGUCCGUUCUCCAGACUCCUGACCCUGGAAUCAAACCUUGUCAUCUGUAGGGACAUCUACAAAAUCUCCCCGUCCUCGGUGCCAAACUUUGUAGAGUUUACAAAUGAAUAUUAUGGUGCCAACCGGCCAAAAGGAACCAGGGUUCUCUUUGUCAAUGGCUCAAUAGAUCCUUGGCAUUUUCUGAGUGUCCUGAAAUCAGACGUAUCUCUGAAUGAGACUGCUGUCUUUAUUAAUGGAACGGCGCACUGUGCUGACAUGGCUAGUGACAGGUCAACCGACCCACAGUCCCUCAAAGAUGCCAGACUGAUGAUACAGAAAGUGGUUCACGGCUGGCUACAGGAAUCCUAGCACCCAGACUCCAGUGAUCAGUCUAGACGGGACUCCCAAACCGGAGUUAACUCCCAAAACGGAGUCUUUGGCUCCAUCAUGCAUUGCGGUAAAAUGGCGUUUCUAAUGUAAACAACGUAUGAGUUAUGCCCCUUAGUUCUAAAAAAAUCUCUAAAAUUGGCCAAAAGCACGACAAAAAUUAAUUUUAAACUUUCAAAAACAUUUCUAAAAGUUUAUUUGUCAUAUUUAUAUCAAAUUUUCAUAACUGUUUACUUGUAUUACGUAAGAUUAAUUUUUAAAAUGAAAAAUUCACCCAUAUCUUCGAUCGCGUAUAACUAUAACUUUUUAGAAAUAAAUUAAAUGCUUGAAUAUGAUUAUUAAUCGUUGUUGGUUGAUAUAUAGUCUCAUUUACAUCAUUUUCAGGCUUAAUUACUUAAUUAUCUCGAAUAUUUAUGCAUUUAAUAUGGUUAACUAACAUCGGAAACGCCGCGAGCGAUUAUAAUUGUUUUGAUGAUAAUUAUCUGUUUAAUUUAAAGAGUUAUUGUAUCUAAAAUGACAAUUGGUUUAAUUUUCUAGGUUUUUAAACUACCAAUUCUAUUUUUUUUAAAACAAAUAAGACGUUUUUAAUCAUCGCUAGAGCAGCCAGUUUUUGUUAGUAGUCGGGACCCUUUUCGUUUAUGCACUUAUCAAUUUGUGUGUUUGGUGACUUUAAAUUAUAACACAAUACGAAGAAAGUACAAUUUAAUGCAAUUUACCUUUUAGUAACGAUAAAAUUCCAUGAAAAACACAAAAAUAUCACUUUUUAAGCAUCGUCCAAACAUCCAACUUCGGAGAUAAAUAACUUUCUUAAGUGCAAAUAAACACCUAUUUCGUGCAAAUACGAUCGAUAGUAAAUUAUAUCCUGGGUCUUUUAAAACAUGUUAGAAGUCUGCCAACACAUGCAGCACUUUGCAAGAUGAUUUCUCGUGGACCCCAUGUUUUCAUCGAAAAAUCGCCAUUUUUUGUACAAGUGCGCAUGCGUAGACUCCCAAAACGGAGUCCAAAAUACUUGCAGAAAUUCACUUCCGUUGACUCCGUUUUGGGAGUCCGUCUAGACUGAGUGAUACGACGUCACUGAUUGGAUACUUCUCAGCAGCUGAUUAAUGGUGCCCCAAAUAACUGUACAUCGAAUCAAUUUGCAGAGGAUUUGUGUAGUAGUGUUAAAUGACUGUGUAUUUCUAAACAAAACUUAAUGCUGUUUAUUUUGAAAAAUACCUUUUACAGUUAGACUCAUUCAUAUCAGAGUCUGAUACAAUACUACAGUGCAUAUGAAAUGCACAUAUUUUCCUUAUAAUGGUUUAACUUACUAGAAUAUGAAAGAAGGUGACAUGGUGACGCAAACUCAUUCAUUAGACAUUACUAACAGAUCAUAUUGUUUUUGAUAACAAUAAUUAACGUAUCCUUUUUUCACAUCAUGUUUGUUUAUAAGCACAUGGAAUAGCCGGUGACGAUAUCGACGCACUUUGGAAAAAAAAAUUUCAAAGUGUGUGGACUUAGUCCCAAAAUUAACGCACUUUGAAAAAAAAUUUCAAAGUGCGUAAUUUUCCAAAGUGCAUUGUAACACUGCUGGCUAUAGCAUUGACAGAGUCACUCGUCUAAAGUGAUAUGCUUUGCGAACAUGUGUUUCAUAACAGUAUGUCGCUCAACUCGAUAUAACAGUAUAUGGGCAAAUGACACACCUCCGCACACGACCUCUUUUACCAGUUGUGGUCAAGUUAUUAAAAAGUUCAGACUAAAAUAAAAACUAAUACCGGUCAUAAAAUUAUAAACUGUACGUGUGUAUUUAUUUUGAUAUAAUGAUAUACUUUUACAUUAUGUUGAUCACGUUUUUAUAUGUAUUUUUUGAUCAAAUAAAAUCAACUUUAUUCA